GCCUAGGUUCAGGAACGGAUCCCCCAUUUAUAACAUUAUUUCUUAUGAGAAAAUUGGUUCCAAGUUACAACGUUUUGAUGUAAGAUGCAGUUUUCAGGAACCAAUUGUGUUGUAAGUCCGAGAACUUUCUGUAUAUGGUUGGAGGCAGGGGAUCUCUGCAUAAAAUUGUGCAUGAUCAGAUUGUAGACAUAAUGAUUUGGACCUACUAACUUCUGUUGUGAACUUCUGAAUUUGCCAGAUAUUGUUCAAAUCUGACACUGUCUAGGACAUGCAGCAAAACUCUCCUCUUUUGGUGGGCGGAGAAGCCAUUCCACUAUCAGAAUGAAAAUGGGAACUGAUGGCCCCUUUUAUCCCUAACUGCACCACAGCUUUUAUGAACUCCACUAAGGACUUUGCUAUUACAUGGAAAGUGCUUUAGUACAGCAGGCUACAAGAUACUACCUUUAGUGUUAGACCCUUUGCUGUAACCUCCAGCUCUACAAAAUCUAUGCUUUCUUUUGCUUUUUCUGAAGUUCUUAGAUCGUGAAGAAUACAGCGAUACUAUUAAAGUAACUUAGCUGUACAUUGAUAAACACAACCUAUUUCAAGUCGCAAGAAUCUUGAAAUCAUGGCUGGAAAACCCAAACUUUACUACUUCGAUGGAAGAGGCAAAAUGGAGUCAGUUCGCUGGUUGUUGGCAGCUGCUGGAGUUGAGUUUGAAGAAGAAUUACUUGAAACGAGAGAACAAUAUGAGAAGCUAUUACAAGACGGGGCCCUGAUGUUUCAACAGGUUCCCAUGGUGGAGAUCGAUGGGAUGAAGUUGGUGCAGACCAGAGCUAUUCUCAACUAUCUAGCAGCAACGCACAACCUCUAUGGGAGGGACCUGAAGGAGAGAGCCCUGAUUGACAUGUAUGUGGAAGGAACAACUGACCUAAUGCAGUUAAUUCUUAUGUUCCCUUUCUUAUCAGCUGAGGAUAAGGAGAAGCAACAUGCCCUAAUAGUCCAAAAAGCCACAAACAGAUACUUUCCAGCCUAUGAAAAGGUUUUGAGAGACCAUGGCCAAGACUAUCUCGUUGGCAACCAGUUCAGCUGGGCAGAUAUUCAUCUGUUUGAAGCUAUUUUAAUGGUAGAAGAGAAGAAGUGUGAUGUUCUCUCUGAAUUCCCUCAGCUACAGAUGUUUAAAGCAAGAAUAAGCAACAUGCCCAGAAUAAAGAAAUUUCUGGAACCUGGAAGCCAAAGGAAACCUAUCCCUGAUGAUAAAUAUGUGGAGACUGUGAGAAGAGUUCUCCAAAUGUAUUAUAAUGUAAAAGCGAGCGUGUAGCUGGUUCAAAAAGCAAUGAGAAGCUCAAUGCUAGCAAAUACUUUCUCUCAAACUCUGUAAGAGAGAAAUCUAUUAAACUACAGAGAUAGUUACACUGUCCUUGACUGACUAGCUAGUUGAACUGUAUCUGAUAGCAUUGUAUGUAACAUGCGAGAAUUAGUCAAAAUUCUCAAUUACUAACAGUUUACUGAAUAUAACCUUUGUUAAAUUUCUCUUCCUGUUCUGGGUGCAAUGAGCACAUGCAUGCAGAGUCCAUCAUCCCCCUCCUUCAUCCCAAGGAAACUUAGAAGUUUUUUACCAGCCCAAAGAUGUUCUAUCAACAAACACCCAGGGUUUGCAAUGAAAUACAGAUAGAGGUCUCAAUUGUAAGCUUAAACUUAAUAUUUUAAGGGUGAAUUUAAUCAUGGGGAAAAAUGAGAAUAGUUCUAAGAGCCAGAAAGGCAAUCCUAGACCUUCCAACCUUUGUGGGACACCAGCAUAUCAGCUGAAAUGAUAUCAAGUCACGAUAUUAGCAACACAUUUUCUUCCUCUUAAUAAACCUUAGUUUAAGAUGUGUGAGCUAACAUUGCAUGAGUGUCUCCUAAUUUUUUUUUUCUGUGUAAUCAAUAAUAAUAAUAAUUGAAAAGACAUUUU